UAACAGCAAAGAUGUGUGUGUGUGUGUAUGUGGGAAUAGAAUAGAAUAAAAUAGUUGGCAAAUGUGUCAGUAAAAAACCCCUCUAAUAAUAAUAAUAAUAAUAAAGGGAGGAAGUAAGGGGGCAGUGAAAUAUAAAGAAAUGAAUAAAGAAGUGAGUGAAUUAAGCAAGCAAUCUUGAUUUUCAAGAGAAGAACCUCUCCCAUCCAUGAUGAGAAUUUUUUAAAAAGAAACGUAAAGUUAGGGUGGCUAUUGGGUAUUGGUAUUAGAAAUGAAUGUUGAAAUGAAGGGAAACAAUGGGUAAAGUAAAACUUAGGGCAUGACAAGAUUGGAAGGUAAAUAAUUGAUGUUGGUGAAGCAAUAGGAUGACAUUCAAUAUAUAUAUAUAUAUAUAGGCUAUAAGUGGGAUAGGCAUUUGCAUGUUGUUGUUCAUAUGCUUGACUAUAUGUUUGGUCUUUGAAAGCAUUUCCUUUGCUGUUUCUGCAAGUACCCACUUGCUCUUGCUGCUCAAUUCUCUCUUUCUUUUUUUUUUUUGAGUUUUGAUUUCUCUCUCUGUUUUCUUGUGCAACUCAAGCAAGCAUAUGAUGCUGUUGGUGGCAAUGAUAAGACCAAUGUAGAUGCACCACUGCACUCCACAUUCUCUUUGUUUGUUGACAGUGUUAAAAUGGCAUUUGGUGUUCUUGCUUUCUGCUCAACUUCAUCUGCACACAUUGCUCAUUUCUUUCUCUCUCUCCAUCUCUAAAGCCUCCUUCAGAAUUUACCUUUCUGGGCCAGUUUCUUGAUUUCUAUCCAUCUUUGUCUCAAGAUUAGGGCUUAUUUUGAUGUGGGGUUCUUGAUUAAUUCAUAUUUAAUGUUAUUUUAUAUAGUUAGGGGAAAAAGGGGUAAAAGGGAAUCUGCUUUGUUUUUUCAAAUAGUCCAUGAGCUGUAACAUACAUAGCCAUUGCCUUUCACUCUCUCCCUUCUCUACUUUAAGCUCUGAAAGGUUUACACUUUCUUGUCUUGUGGGAGUUACUUUUGCCACAUUUUGGAGUAGGGUUUGAUCUUUGGGUUCUUGAAAGAGGAAUGAGAUAUGGGUGGGUAGGGUGGGUAGCCUGGUGCCUAUAUAUAUAUAUAUGUGUAUAUAUACACACACAUAUAUAUAGAAACAUAAUCUAUAUCAUGCCUGCUACAUUGGAUUUGCUCCUUUAAUUUGCAUCUGUAGUCUUGAUGAUAAGAGGGGAUGCUUCCAAUUAGGGAUUUCUUUUGAUUUCCUUUAGCUUUCUUCUCUGUGCUAUAAAGCUGUCAACAGGCUCCUUUGUGGUCAAUACCCUAGUUUUCUGCAAACUGGUUGCUUCAAAUUCUGGGUUGGGUUUGAUUUCUUGGCAAUGGAUUGUGAGGGAAGUGGGGAUGGAGGAGCUUUCCUCCAUGGCAAGAAUAGGAUCAUGAGCAGCUCUUCUCCUCCACCUCCUGUCAUGGCAGCUGCAAACUCAACAUCUGACAAGGUCUCAGGGGUGACAAUGUGCACAGAAUCCAUGCUGAGUGCUGCUGCACCAAAUGGAGUAGACCCUUUCUAUGGCUGCUGCACCAACAACUGGGAUCUGCUUGUUUCACUGAAUCAGAGUGGAAACUUUGGAGCACCAAAUGAGUUUGUUGAUCCACAUUCUCACUCGUCACUUCUGUUAGAGAAUCAGGCACUUGGAGGGAGUUCUUCCCAUAUGCUGCCCAGCAUUACAGGUUUUGGCACUGAAACCUUCUUUGCCCAAUCAGAUUUUUCCAGCAGGAGAUGGGUUGGAACUCACAUGCCAACACCUUCAACAAAUAAUGUUUCAGAGAACUCACAAGCCAGGAGGAAAAGGAAAGGAGCAGUUAGAGCUUCUUCACCUGAGAAUGCUGAAGAUGAACUGCAGAAGGAUCCAUCUGGAGACACACCGCAAGUCCCACAUCAAGAAGAUGAGCAGCAGCAGAAAUUGGAACAAGAUGUUGGGCAGAAAUCUCAUAGCAAACAACCUGCAAAGGAUUCCAAUGGUGGUGAACCUUCAAAAGAAAAUUACAUCCAUGUUAGAGCCAAAAGAGGACAGGCAACAAAUAGUCAUAGCCUUGCUGAAAGGGUGAGGAGAGAGAGGAUUAGUGAGAGAAUGAGGCUGUUACAAGAACUGGUUCCUGGCUGCAAUAAGAUUACUGGAAAGGCAAUGAUGCUUGAUGAGAUUAUCAACUAUGUUCAAUCACUCCAACAGCAGGUUGAGUUUCUGUCGAUGAAGCUGGCGACCGUGAAUCCAGAGCUGAACCUGGACAUAGACAGGAUUUUGUCUAAAGAAAUUCUCCAUUUCCAUGGAAGCAAUCCAACCACACCUGUAAUCACAACAGGAUUGAGUUCUUUGCAUCGAUUUCCAGGAUAUCCCUUUGACAGUGCUCCAGCCGCUACUCAACAAUUUCCACCUCUACCUCAGCAUAUAUGGAACAACGAGCAGCAAGGCAUUCUCCAUUCGGGAUUCGACACUGACCCCUCUGUAUGUAGCUUGGGGUCGAAUGGUAAUUGCCAACGCUACUUUGCCGCAUCUCCUCAUACCAUUUGACACCUCUAUUCAAUGCUCAGUGGCAUCUUUUGCAGGGCUUUCAAAAACAAAGCUAUAGAGUUUAGACAACAAAAGAAAAAGGAAAAAAAAAAAAAGAAUCCCCGGCGAUCUAGGCAAAUAAUUCAAGCCCUUACCAAGAUGAGUUUGUAUGGAAGUAGAGGGUAUAAAAGAAGUGUAAUACUUCCAUUUAUUGUUGCAGCAUCUGUAUAGGUUCUUAGUGCUGACUGUUCAUGUUCUUUCAAUCUUUAGAUAAGAAAUGUGAGUGUUUAGAGAUUCACAAGACUGUAGAUUUCAAGAUGGGAAUUCCAUUGCUGAAUAUCAAUGAUUUUGCUGUUGCUACUAAAA